AUGGGGGAGGAUGAAACCUCUGAAAAACAACCCCAAAUAAGAGGAAUUGAAAGUAGCAAUACUACUAGAAAGAAAAAUACAAUCCUGAAGAAGACACUCAAUAUUGAAAGUAGUAAUAUUACUGGAAAUAAUACAAAAGAGCAUAGUCUAGCUCAGUGCUCUCAAGAGCAAAAGGGAAUUCAAAACCCAAAAAUUGAUGUUGACAAUAACAUGACUAUUGAAAAUUAUACAUACAAGAAUUUGAAAUCUCAGUAUUCGAAAGAACUUACGGGAUUAUUGAUUAAAGGAUAUCAUCAUAUCCAAAUCAAGACAUUACAGCAAAUCACUCUGAAUAAACCAACUACAGCAAAGAUUGAAAGUUUGACAAAGCAACACAAUGAUGAUUGCAAAAAACUUCUUACUCUUAUGGGAGUGCCUGUCAUUGAGGUUUUGGAAGCAAGUGCUCCUGUUAGUUUUGACGUUGAUAAGAUUUUUGUGGAUAGAAAUGGAUCAGCAUUGGUUCUAGCUGGUUUGGAGGGUUUGUGUCAUGUUACCUCUAUGGACACUCUUCAAUGGAAGAAAAUACUAUUUUUUGCUUUAAAGCAUAUCCAAAUGCCUAACUCCAGCAAAAUGCUAUUGUGUGGUUAUGACUACCAGCCUGGUUGUAGUAAUCCUUAA